GUUGUGAUGGUCGUGAACGGGACAUCAUACGCCGCUUUGGGCUGGAGACCGCGAUCUCUCACCGCCAAAUGCAGAAACUUCCCGCAGAUUGGAAAGAAAAUUGCUGCCACGGCAGAUACAACAACAGAACCAGAACCGGAACCGACAAGCGAACCAAGCGCCGAACCAGAGCCUGAACCAACUAGUGAACCUACUGCAGAACCAGAACCACACAGUGGGGAAAAAACCAAGACGAAACGUGUGGCCAGGCCUGCUGCCAAUGAAGAACUAACUUCGGAACCAGAUGUCACGGUGCAAACCAGCGUCAGUUAUAGAGUCAGUACCAGACACGGUCGCAGAAAGCGUGAAGCAGAAGGUUCUUCUGUGCGUCCAAGUUCCGAAACCGAUUGGGGCGAAUCCUAUACAAUUACUCAGCCAUCAACAGAAAACUUGAGCGAACCACAAGAGGGCAUCAGAAAAUCCAAAACAGCAUUCAUUGAUUUCCACGAUGCCGAACCAGUUUCAGCAGCUGAACCGAGCGCUGAACCAGAACCCGGCUCUGAACCAGAACCAAGUUCUGAACCCGAACCAGCAUCUGCUGAACCAGAACCAAGCUCGGAACCAAACGCAGAACCGGAGCCUACGAGUGAACCAAACGCAGAACCGGAACCUAAAUCCGAGCCAGAACCUAAAUCUGAACCUGAACCUACUUCAGAACCUACAUCAGAACCCGCUUCUGAACCUGAGCCAAAAUCUGAACCAGAACCGAAAUCUGAGCCAGAACCGAGUUCCGAACCGGAACCCAGCUCUGAGCCAGAACCCAGUUCAGAGCCUGAACCAAGUUCAGAGCCAGAGCCUAGCUCAGAACCUGAACCAACGUCGGAACCCGAACCAAAAUCAGAACCUGAACCAGAACCUAAAUCAGAGCCGGAACCUAGUUCAAAAUCAGAGUCAACCACAGCUAAAGCUGCCAAAUCAGCACCCGUCAGCAAGUCUGCUCAAGCUCAAUCAGAUUCUUACGCUCCUAAACACGAUUUCAGUCCAAUGGAUUGUACAGAUAUCGUGAUUGGUACAGCCAGAGGCACAGCUAGCAGGAUUUGGGACUAUUACACCAGAGACAGAUCGACACCAAGAAUGGAUACAUUCUGGGGAGGCAAAAGUGAUUUGACAGCUGCUAUGGGCUUUGAAAAAGAUGGCGUGACAACAAUUCUAUUCAGGAAGAAGUUACAAGCUACAGAACCCACGGAUCAUUCAUUUGAGAAGGAGUUGAUGCAUGUCAUAUGGGCUAGGGGACAAGAAUUUGGACAUUAUGUCCAUAAUCCGCCAUCAGGCAUUGAAAAAGAAGCGGUAUCUAUGAAAGAUUUCUACAAAGCAGAUGAACUUAAAUACCAUGGACAUGGAAGUCAAAGAGGAGCUCUGACACUUAAUUUCUUUGAUGAAGCAAAGCCCACACCAAAUUCUUCUGGUUCUGCAUCAGUAAUUGGUGAUUGUGGAGGAUCAUGGGGAACUCCACGAGGUUGUGACCCUGAACAAAAAGAUAAAGCUGGUUCCUGCGAAUAUCAUGCAUCUUGGGAACUCACAGAUCGAGGAGAUGCAAUGCGAUUUACUAUUAAGACCACACAUACAGAUACUUGGACAGGAGUUGGCUUCUCUGAUGAUGAUAAGAUGUCGCAAACAGAUGCAGUCUUAGGGUGGGUUGACAAAGGUGGACGUCCAUUCUUGAUGGACGCAUGGAUUAAUGGCUACGGAAUGCCAAAGCUUGAUGAUUCUCAAGAUAUCUACAACACCAGUGCUAAAUUGCAAGAUGGGGUCACAACGAUAUCGUUUACAAGAAAAAGAAUUAGCAAAGAUAAAUCACAGGAUUUAUCUUUCACUGAAGAUCAUUGCUUAUACAUGAUGUUCCCAGUUCAUGGAGGUGCUUUUAAUAGUGUGAAUAAAAAAACAAGAAGGCAUACUACAACUCCGGUUGUAUCAGAAAAACGUAUUUGCAUCAAGAGUUGCGGAAGAGACAUUGGCCGUGAAGAAGCAACUACCCGUCCACCUCCUCCACGUCUAGUUUACACAAUGCAAGUAAAACUUACUCAGCUUGCCGAAGGUUUUACAGCACCUGACACCAAUAGUGAAGAUUUUGAUCAACUUGCAAACACUGUUACUGGAGCAUUCCGUGGACCCCUGGAACAUUUGCCUGGUUUCAGCAGCCUUGAUGUAAUGGAAUUCCAAGACUUGGAUGGAGCUGUGAUAGCAAAAAUGCGUUUAUUACUUGACAAAGCUUCUUACGAAAAGGGCAGAUCACUGGAUCCUGUCAGCAAUGAUGUCGAUGUUGUAGCAGAUUCCGAAGAGCAAGUUAAAAGCGCUAUUAGAGAUACUCUUGCUCCUGGCAAAGUUGGAAAUUUGAAUGUUGAUCCAGGAUUCUUGGUUUUUGAAAGCCAUAGUUUAACUUCUGCACCAGUUUUGGAAUCUUCUGAAGAUUUUGGAGGUGGCUUUUUCCGACUUACUGGUACCAGAUUGUAUUCAGUCCUUGGUUGUAUAGCAGCCCUGGUUUUAGUCGCGAUUAUUCAAGCAGGUUGCACAAUAUACAAGACCAGCAGAGGAGGAAGCAAUCAAAAGGACCAAUUAAUACCACACUCUGCCUGGAAGGACUACAGUGCAGCCAACACCAACUACGCUUUUGAUGCCUUCGAGACUGAAGAGAAGCACCCGACCAACGGAGGAGCUCAUCCAAGGACCCCAACAAAAGUUUACAACACAAACCUACCACCUAGUAAACAAGCAGCAGCUGCAAUUUUAUCUUCAACCCAAACACUACCUUAUUAUGAACACAGCAGAAGUUUACAAAGAUCAAACGGGAAAUCAAAUAAUAACUACAGCCAUGGCGGGUACCAGCAAGGACACUCGCCGCCAGUCAGUUACCAGAUGCAACCAGACAGAAGCACUUAUUCUCUUCCCAGGACAAACACGGACAUGCUUUAG